AUGGCUGUAUCUAUGGCUUCUGCUGGGAGUAAUUUUGGGCUCUACACAAAUCGAAAAGCAUUGGAGAAGAAGCCCAGUUCGAGAACAGCUCCUUUCAGACGGUUUAUGGGGUUGGAUUCAGUUCGAAAAUCAUGCAUUAUUCCCAAAAGAAGAUCCUCGUUUUUAAGGAGUCUGAAUAUACCAAAAGCAUCUCCAACCACAGCUAUGGAGGGUGAAAGUUAUCGGGAAAUUGGUACAGUUCCUACUCCUGUAGUUAUAAUAGAUCAAGAUUCAGACCCCGAUGCCACUGUUGUGGAAAUUACCUUUGGAGACUGCCUUGGCGCCCUUCUCAACACUGUAUGA